CUGUGUGUUGACAAGCGAAGGGGAGGAGGUUGGUUAUCCUCGCGCGCGCGCAGUACCGACCGGCGCGGGGGAGAAAAGCGGUUGGGGCGCGAGCGCGCCUUCCCCCCCCCCGCGCGACGCAUGUGGCCCGCUCUCGCGAGAGUAGGAGUUUUGGCGAGAGUUUGUGGAAGAUGGCGCCUGUUGUGACAGGGAAAUUUGGUGAGCGACCUCAACCUAAGCGGCUCACCAGGGAAGCUAUGAGAAAUUAUUUAAAGGAGCGAGGUGAUCAAACAGUCCUAAUUCUUCAUGCAAAAGUUGCACAGAAAUCUUACGGAAAUGAAAAGAGGUUUUUCUGCCCCCCUCCCUGCGUCUAUCUUAUGGGUAGUGGGUGGAAGAAAAAAAAAGAACAGAUGGAGCGGGACGGCUGCUCCGAACAGGAGUCCCAACCCUGCGCCUUCAUUGGGAUUGGAAAUAGUGACCAAGAAAUGCAGCAGUUGAACCUGGAAGGAAAGAACUAUUGCACAGCUAAAACCUUGUACAUAUCUGACUCUGAUAAGAGAAAGCACUUCAUGUUAUCGGUAAAAAUGUUCUAUGGAAAUAGCGACGAUAUCGGUGUGUUCCUCAGUAAGCGGAUCAAAGUAAUUUCCAAGCCUUCAAAAAAGAAACAGUCACUGAAAAAUGCAGAUUUGUGCAUCGCAUCAGGGACUAAGGUGGCACUAUUUAAUAGACUCCGGUCGCAAACUGUAAGCACCCGAUAUUUGCAUGUAGAAGGGGGAAACUUCCAUGCCAGCUCACAGCAGUGGGGAGCCUUUUACAUUCACCUCUUGGAUGAUGAUGAAUCAGAAGGAGAAGAAUUCACUGUUCGAGAUGGCUACAUUCAUUAUGGACAGACGGUCAAGCUUGUGUGCUCAGUUACCGGCAUGGCACUCCCAAGAUUGAUAAUUCGGAAAGUGGACAAACAGACUGCGUUGCUAGAUGCGGACGAUCCAGUGUCACAGCUCCAUAAGUGUGCAUUCUACCUUAAAGAUACAGAAAGAAUGUAUUUGUGCCUUUCCCAAGAAAGAAUAAUCCAGUUUCAAGCCACUCCAUGCCCUAAAGAACCAAAUAAAGAGAUGAUUAAUGAUGGAGCUUCGUGGACGAUCAUUAGCACAGAUAAAGCAGAGUAUACGUUUUAUGAGGGUAUGGGACCUGUCCAUGCUCCAGUAACACCCGUGCCUGUGGUGGAAAGUCUUCAAUUGAAUGGUGGUGGAGAUGUAGCGAUGCUGGAGCUAACGGGGCAGAACUUCACUCCAAAUUUACGCGUCUGGUUUGGGGAUGUCGAAGCGGAAACCAUGUACAGGUGCGCCGAAAGUAUGCUGUGUGUCGUUCCCGACAUUUCUGCAUUCCGGGAAGGCUGGCGGUGGGUCCGUCAGCCCGUCCAGGUGCCAGUGACGUUGGUCCGCAACGACGGCAUCAUCUACUCCACCAGCCUUACGUUUACUUACACGCCGGAGCCAGGACCCCGACCCCACUGCAGUGCGGCUGGAGCAAUCCUCAGGGCCAACUCGAGUCUCCUGGCCUCCAGCGAAACAAACACAAACAGCGAGGGAAGUUACACAAACGUCAGCACAAACCCAACCAACGUCACAUCAUCAGCGGCGACGGUGGUUUCCUAACCACUGCUCUUGGUGUGGAACUUUUUUUUUUAAAAAAAAAUUCUUGACUUUCAAGUGCUUCAGACAACAAAACUGAACAAUUUUUGUGGUUUCACGAGGGGAAGGGGGGAGAAAAGGCUCUUCACUGCUUAUUUGAACUUCUAUCACCUGCAAGUGCUGAUCUCAAUGGAAGCCACAAAUUUUAAAAAGGGGGGAAUGAAUACUCCGUAUUCAAAUUCUAUUUUUAGCUGUCUUUAUAAAACGGGCACGAAUUUAAAAAAUAAUAAGUGUGGUUGGGGGGGGGGAAAUGACGAACUAGCAAACAUGGACAUAACAUAGUUUUUAUGGACCAAGGAACGCUUUAGUAUAAAAGGUACAUUUUCACCAUACCUUUUUGUAUCACGACAUAUAGUAUGCUUUUGUUACCAAAUAGUUUCUAUAUUAUUUUUUUUUCCUCUUGAGCGUUUGCUCUGAAGUAUAUUCAGGUUCCAAGCCUGACCGUGCUUGUAUAAUCUAAUUACCAUACUCUUCCAGUUUUUUAAUAUAUAUUAUAUAUAUAUAUAUUUUUGGUCUAAGGCUUGAACUGUUCCAUUUUUUUAAAGUGAAGUUUUGUGACUUUAUGAACGGGGGAAAAAUUUUUUUGUUUUUAUUUUUCAGCAAGUAGAACCUUGUAAAGGGCCAGCAUAUUUUUUUUAAGACUAUAUGAAGUUUGCGCAAAAGCUUUAAAAAAAUUGCCUCCGCCUUGCCUGCGAUACAUGCAAUGUAUGUUAACUUUAGAGCUCUGGGUUUUAUUUUUGUUUUUAUUUUGUCCCGGUCGUCGUCGAUAGAACUUUCUCUGUGUCUCUUUUUAUGUAUUUAUAGUGAGGUUUUUAACAUUGCAGCCGUGGCCUCUUGCGCAGUUAUCCGACCGUUACCAGCGUCUGUUGCGUGUUUUAAAAGGUUUGCCUCUUUUCACAGACAAUAUACGUGUCAGCAAAUACAUUCAGGAUUUCUUCAGGUUUGUUUUUUUGGUGGGGUUUUUUGUUGGCUAAUCUUGUACAUAAUUUGAUAUUAAUUGUAAGUUAAGUGUGUGUGUGUGUGUGUGUGUGUGUUUAAGUGAACUAUUCCCAAUAACUUCAUUUGGCAGCAUGUUUAUCUUGUUGAUGUCUGGCAACAUUUUUCCUCGAGGUGCGCUUGGCAGGUGCCUCUCCGUCAUCAAGUUUACUGUCGCUUUCCUUAGGCAUCCAGCCAACCCUGGGUUCGGUUUCGUAUGAUUUAUUCUUUUCUGUGCAUGUGUGUAAAGUGACUGUCCGGUAAAACGAUAGUACUUAGAAAAGGAUGCACAGUCAGAGCAACUGAGCGUCAAUUGAUACCGCUGCUUUUUUCUCCUCUCCAAAGUGUUUUCCAGCACUCUUCCUUGGGAUCUCUCUCGAGUCGCAUGUAAAUGGUUCUAAUGCAUGUUGGCCAAGAUCUAAAAAGCGCUUCUGUGUGUAUAUGGAGAAGCUGCUGACCCCCCUGCCCCUUUCCCUGAAUUGAACCCUUUAUGCCGUGCCAAAUGCCAGGGUUGAAGAUCCUGGAUUUUCAGGAGCAUCUUUCCAACUAGGAAAGAAGGCCUGGCAACCCCAAGGCAUGUGUGGAAAGCCAUGCGUAACCUUUUGGAUCUUCCGGUCAUUGGGUUCUCUACCAUAAUACAGCCAGGGAGCCCAAGGGGUGAUGUUGAUUUGAAGGAUCAAGUAGCGCAAAAACUCAAUAUUGACCCUGGUCACAAAACCGCCCUCCUGCAAAGAUCUGGCUGCAAAUUGAUUGCCAAGCCCCCCUUGUGGAGGAGGAAAAAGGAAUUUCAUGAAUUUGACUCUUGAUUGCGCGAGAUGGAUGUUACUGAUACUUUUCUUUGGGAAAGAUUUUUUCACCCCCCCUCCCCCCCCAAAAAAAUUGUUUUUUAAAAAUUUCAAACUUCUCUGACUUGGUGAGCAUAGAACUUAGACUCAGCGAGGUACCUUCCCAGGUGCUCAGUCCUCUUUCCCCUCCCAUAAAUAAAAUAUUGAGGUUCUAUGCAAGUGCUGACUGUUCCACGAACAAGAGAUGCCGGGGCUGUCGCUAAUGGCUUCUUGCAGGGGAACGUUUGACUUGGCAGCUACCCAACUUUACGUUUUCAUCGGCAGCCCCCUGGUGGAGCAUUGCCUGACUUUACUGGAUAUUUUUUUUUCUCAUCCGGGAGCACUGUUCUAGCUGUCGAACUUCUGCGCAGCAUGAAGAUUGAAGACAGGGUCGAUAAAGGGAGAUAGCGGAAAGUUUAACCCAUACCAGCAUCCUAAAGUGUAUUCUAUCCUAAGUCAUCCUGUUUUUCUUCUUCCCUGCCACUCCCACAAGAUCUCCGUACACAGCUGUCUCUUAACUCAAGUUUUUUUUUUGCUGCCAUGCUUUUUCUCUCUCUGUUUCUGUCUCUGUCUGUGGUGACCAAGGGCGGGAUUUGUUGUGGCCUUAUUUCUGGUUUAAGCUGAAUACUGACAUUUACUUGCAAGCCUGUACGCUUGUUUUUCUCGGAGUUUCUCUCUGUUUAUCAUCUCUCUGUUUAUCCUGGCAGAUACUGUUUUGUAGUGUCUCUUUUAAAAUGUGUUAGUCUGACACAGGACUUUUUUUAAUUCUGUGCCAGCCGGCCUUUUUGCUGACUCCUUUUGGGAUGCAAAACUGAUCUCUUUUUCAGCUUUCUGUAAUAUCAAAGGACAGUCAACAUGUGCACAGUUAAUUUUUUUUUAAAGCCCAGUUACGUAGCUUUCACGUUUUGCUGAAUGUUUCAGCAAAUUUCUCAGACCCUUCCAGACAUAAUUCAUCACGCAUAAUCCUUACGUCAAUAUAGCCAUGCUUGCUUUAAUUUAGUUUGACUUUGCGCCAUAGUUUUUGAAAUUAUCUAGCAGAUGAUGGGAUUGAUCCAGUGCAAGGACCACGUAAGGAUCACUCAAGGAUCAUGGAAUUGUGUAUUUUUCCGCCCACUCUCCACCCCCCCAGCCAUUUCCAACUCCAAGGAAUUUUAUUCCCAGGGUUGUGAGACCUGCAUGGAACCUAGUCCUCUUGCUUGGAAUGCUGCCGGGGGAGAAGAAAUGGGUCAAAGUCACUCCCCACCAUCAGCCAUUCCAAUCCCAACCCACGUCCCUGUUUCUCCAUGCAGGCCCUGGCAACAGAUUUUCCUGGAGUCUGAAAUGACUGCCGGGGGAAGUGGACAACUGGGAACAUCCGUGAGUGUCAGCAUCGUCUGUGGACAGAUUGCAGGGUCUGACUCAAUAUAUUUAUCUACUACGCUGCCUCUCUGUACACCCCAGGAUAAUGGGAGUAUUGAAGCACAUGUGAAAAGAGGGAAUUUCCAGCAGUAUCUUUCAGGUUUAGAAUGCUUAGCGUUUGUCUCUUUUCCUCUGCGCUGGCGGGUCUGUUGAUGUCCCAUACGGGCAACAGAUAAAUCAGAAGCCGUCUUGCAGAGGCUCAGCCUUCCGGAGUGGUGCUCAGCUUGCUUUCUGAAUCGGCUACUUCUCUGUUGUACUAAUUGUUUUGUUAAGAGAAGGCAAGUCCAUUCAGCUGUUGGAAGCCUAAGUAAGCGAAACGAGUCUGCUAAGGCACAGGUGUCAAAUUCGUGGCCCUCCAGAUGUUAUGGACUACAGUUCCCAUAAUCCCCCUGCCAGCAUGAUGCUGGCAGGGGAUUAUGGGAGCUGUAGUCCAUAACAACUGGAGGACUGCGAAUUUGACACCUAUGUGCUAAGGCAACAGCCCUUCACACAAUUAAUUCCGCUGUACAGCUUGAUGAAAUCUUCCGGCAGGCCUUCCAACAGUGAGCUUCUGUAAUGAGCCAACAGGCCUUUAUAGUGCUACUUCAGAGUAAUCAGUCUGGGGUCCUCUGUUGAACUUCCUUUCCGACCCAAGCUAGUAGGGCGUUGUGUUCUAUCGUAGCCCUUGAGCCUUGUUUAGGGCUAGGUUAGAUAGUCAGCAGAGUCAGAUCGCAAAACUUUUCCUGGGCUGGACUGCUUCACAUUGCACGCAUUUUAAAAUCAGUGCCCAGGUGUGCCAAAAACUGUCAUGUCUGGCACAAGACUACAGCCUGCCUUUCAUCCUGCCAUGCUACAAGCAGGGACAAUCCCAAGCCUACAGAUCCUCCUAUUUCCAGUAGUACAGCCUGGGAAUCGUGCUUGUUGGUUGAUUCUGCUGAUCGUAUAACCUGGCCUUGUGUCUUUGGAUGAAUGGAGAGGGAAUAUUUAACUUCUCCACAUGUAGAAUGUUUAAAAUCCACUUCUGAUGCCCAUACAGUCCCACGCCAAAUAGUUCUGUAGCGGUUUCUGUUACGAGACCCGCUGUCCACCAUACCAUUUCCUGUUUCUUUUUUUCUUUCCGAAGCAGCUGUGUACGUGAUGAGUAUGGACUUUGCUAUGCCAGAUUUUCAGCUUGGUUUUCCAAUACUUUCCAUAUGAGGCUGAGCGGCCUCUUUGCUUUAGGAACACUCUCCAGCCUAUUCAGGACUGAAGCAUUUCCACGUUGAAAGGGCAAUGCGGGGCAAGCAGCUCCGAAGUCGUACAUGGCUUUCCACAUUCAGUUCUUCCUUAGUUGGAGAGGCCUUCUUCGCCUUGUGUUGCUUCCAGGUCAGUGAAGCUUCACCGGACAGGCCUCAGCCUGAAAGGAGAAAGGGCUGAGAGACAACUGUCUGGUUACAGCCUGAUCCAAUGUAGUUUUAAUCAGAAGUCAGUCGCAGUGAUUUCAGUGGCCCUUACUCCUACCAUGUAUAAGAUUGUGGGUCAGGAAUGGGAGCUGUUUUCUCUAGGAGGGGAGAAAAACCCACAAGCUGCCACAGAAUUCACCCCCCCCCUCCCAAAUCAGCAUAUCACAUUCUUGGCAUUUGUGGCUGGUCUUAGCCAAAGAGGACAUUGAUUUGCUCUGCCAGAAACUUCUGUUACAGCGACUGAUUUCCUCACCAAAUGACCCAGCAGUUGCUCUGUGAAAGAGCGGUGUAAUUCCAUGGAGGCUGAAUGGGCAAAAAGAGGCAGGUAUAAUAGCUGCUGCUCCUUUUCCUUCGGGAAGAGAGGUCAGCAGCGGCUUCUCUUUGUGGGCAAGUUACACAAUUCAUGCAGCAAUCCAACAUACAGUUGCAGAGGAGUAUGUGCCACUGAACUUGGUGUGGCUUACUUCUGGGUCAAACCUACUCAUGCUACUUCAGUGGUGAAUGGGGAAAUGUACCAGACAGCUACAGGUCCCUAGUCAUAGUGUAUCUCUCGGUAUAUGUGCGUUUGUGUGAGAGUGUGCGUGUGCGCACGCGUUCAGUCCUUUUAAGGGUUAUAUUUUACAAACCGUGCACCUGUAAAAUUUUGUAGCAAUAAGGUGAAAGAUGCAAGUCUUUACCAUAAUUUUGUAGGAAAAUGAACCUGCUCAGUUCCAUAUUUCGUUUAAAAAACACUUAAAGCCUGCAAUAUGAGCAGUUUUGAGGAAUAAAUAAAAGUGAAAUGUAAACCACGUUAAGUGUGCUAUCAUGUGUACUGUGUGUGUAGCUAGUGAGCUCAAUAUUCAAUUUAAAUUUUUCCCCGCUGAAAUUAGGUGAAUUACAUGUCCUAUUUUUCUUCCUGUAACUGCCUCCAAAGCUGUGUAUGAUGCUGAGAUACGAUCGCAAACCUGUUGAAAUUUCGAAGCACUUCUGCUUGUAAGGAGUCAGAUGUUUCCGGCGGGGGACGCCGAGGGUCAUCUGCACGACGAGAAGAUCGGAGCAAGGCCAUUGGAAGAACUCCGGCACAGUUGUGUGAAUAAGCAGGCUGGACUCCACUCAAACUGGAUACAGAAUCUCUUGUAUUGCAACGUGUAAAAAAAAAUGCAGAAGUUAGACAAGACUGUUCUUUUUUUAUUCCAAUAUUGUAAAAUACGAAUUAGUUCACUUUUUGAUAUUAUUUAUUAAAUAAGGAAAAAACAU